AUGGACGCGGACACCCGGAACCACGAUGUGUACUUCGCCACCCUCGCCGAGCAGGCCGAAAGAUAUGACGAGAUGGCCGAGCACAUGCGCACUGCGGCGAUGUUCGACCAGGAGCAGGGGCGCCAGAGCAAGCGCUCCGACGCCUGUUCCGGGCAGCUGCGCGAGCUUGAGGCCGAGCUGGAGGAGUCGCUGCUGCUGGCUGCCGGGGCGAGGGGCGGGGGCGCCGCAGCGGAGGCCGAGGCCGAGGAGGAGCUGCGGCAGCUGCAGGCCGCCGCCGAGGAGCUGGCGGGGAAGCUGCGCGCGGCCCGGUCGUGGGCGGAGGUGUGCGCGCGGCUUGCUUGCCGCUGGCCACGUGGUGCUCGCCGUGCUGCUGGCCGACGCGGACCCUUCCCGGGCGGGGCCAGCCGCGGCCGCCUGGCACGCAGAGUGCCUCGCCGGCGCGGCGGCCCGCGCCGCCGGGGCGGGCGCAGCAGCUGCGAGGCUGGCGCCGCCGCUGUCGCUGCUGCAGAGGCGCUCGGCGCUCGGGCAGCAGGCUGCCGCUCCAGCGCGGCCGCAUCACGGCGCUGCCGCAGCUGCGCCGGAGGCCGCCGCCGCUUCGGCGCCCGCCCUGGCAGCUCCGGGCGGCCCGGCGGCGCAGCCCGCCGCCGCUUCGGCGCCCGCCGCCGCCAGAGCCGCCGCCGCGGGCGAGGAGGCCGCCGGCGGUGCGCAGCCGGGCCCGGCCAGGUACCUCGCAGGCACCGGGCCGCGCGUGGGUGCCGCCAUCGCCGCCUUCACCGGGGUCCCGCGCUUCGCCGCCCAGGGCUCCAGCUCGGCCGCGUCCGACAUGGUGGUCUGGCUCACGGUGCUGGUGCUCCUCACGGUGAUUGGCUGCAUGAUGUACCACCAGUGGAAGCUGGACUGAGGAGGGCAUGGAGGAGGACAGGCGGCACCUGCACCACCUGGCCGUGGCCGGCCAGCGCGGCGUCCACGCGGGCGCCGCGGUGGUCGAGAGGCUCCCGCUCCCGGGGGGCGACCACGGCUUCCCGCAGCCCCGGCACGAGCCGCCGCUGGCCCACGGCCGCCCGCCGCUGCGCGAGCACGCGGCCAGCAAGGACUGCUGCUGAGCCGUGGCUGCAGAUGGGGCUGGGCGGCGAGCUCGCCUGCGCGCUGGCCCGCCCCUGCUAA